UAUAUAUUUCUCAUCAGAUUGCAUUACUGUAAUGCAAAAAAUUGCAUUAAAGAAUUUACAUUUUAUAUAGAACUUAUAUAAGUUUCAGUCUUGUAGAACAUACAUUUAUUGAUUUUACAGAUGCUUUCAUCCAUACUCAAAUGUCUGUUAUAGUAAGUUAAAUAACAAUAAUAAUAAUUAAAAAAAAAACAACUAGCCUACAUUAUUAUCUCUUUUUUUAACGCUAUAAGUGAAAACUUCCCCAUGUGACAGCAGCCAGUCUCCCUUAUAAAAGCCUCAGUGAUGCUCCUCGAGCUCAUUCAGGUGCGGUGAGUCAGAGGAGAGAGGAGCAGCACAGAUUCACGCAGCAGCAGCAGCAGCAUCUGAAUCUGGGAAUAAAGAGUUUAUACACAUUAGGAUCGCAUGCUGCACAUGUAGGAUGAACUUUAGGGAAACAUUUGUGUAGCGCAUAGAAAUCGUAUGGGUGCGUAAAGCCGUGCCAUGCAGGGGAACAGCAGCGCGUUGGCACCGGGUUUAGCGUCGUGCGGUCCGGGACUGGACGAGGGCGAUGCGCUGUCGAACCGGACUGUCCAGAACCUGUCGCUCCGCUGCUGGCUGCAGCUGCUCUCCAGAGAAUCCGCGCCGGAGCUCUACGGCGACAGCUCGAGCAUGGCCAUGCGCGUCGUGAUUGCGCUCGUCUACCUGAUCGUGUGCGCGCUGGGGCUCGUCGGGAACUUGUUGGCACUUUACCUGCUCCAGUCGCGCCACAGACUCAAGCAGUCGUCCAUCAACUGCUUCGUCAUGAGUUUGGCCGUGACAGACCUGCAGUUCGUCCUGACCCUUCCGUUCUGGGCCGUGGACACUGCUUUGGACUUCAGAUGGCCGUUUGGAAAGGUGAUGUGCAAGAUCAUCAGUUCGGUGACCACCAUGAACAUGUACGCGAGCGUGUUCUUCCUGACGGCCAUGAGCGUGGCGCGCUACUGCUCUCUGUCCUCUUCCCUACGGAUGCAAAGUCCCAAAACGGCCUCGGCCGAGGUCAAGUGGGCCAGCUUGGGGAUCUGGCUUGUGUCCGUGGUGGCCACCAUCCCGCACGCGGUGUACUCGACUACUGCGCAGGUGUCCGACGACGAGCUGUGCCUCGUCCGCUUCUCGGACUCCGGCAGCUGGGACCCGCAGCUGCUGCUCGGGCUCUAUCAGACCCAGAAGGUCCUUUUGGGCUUCGUUAUUCCGCUGGUCAUCAUCUGCGUUUGUUACCUCCUCCUGCUGCGCUUCGUUCUGCGGCGGCGCGUCAGCGGCAUUCCCGGCUCGGAGAGCGAGAGAGGGCGGCACAAGCGCCGCUCCAAAGUCACCAGAUCCGUCACCAUCGUGGUUCUAUCGUUCUUUCUGUGCUGGCUACCCAACCAGGCGCUGACCCUUUGGGGAGUGCUCAUCAAAUUCGACCUGGUGCCGUUCAGUAACGCGUUUUACAACGCGCAGGCAUAUGCGUUCCCCAUCACCGUGUGCCUGGCGCACACCAACAGCUGCCUGAAUCCGGUGCUGUACUGUCUGAUCCGACAGGAGUACCGCACCGGCCUCAAGAAACUGCUGUUUAGAGCCACUCCGUCCAUCCGGAGCCUGGCCAAGCUGUUCUACAGGAGGAAGAAGGUGGCGGAGGCUCCGCCUGGAGUUGCCGUGGUGCAGAUGGAUAUCGGGAUGUGACGUUACCAAUAAGGAAAAAGCCACUAAGACUCGUUUGAACUUUUAAAUGCAUCAUCAUCGCAUACUUCUACAACAUGGAUUUAUCAGACAUUGCUUAUUUGAAAUAGCAUUGCAUUAUCACAUAAUACAUCUGCAUUACCAGUCAUUCAUUUGGACACACUUUUAUAUGUUUUUCCCAUUCAAGUUGAAGGAAAUAUUCUUAAAAAGCUUAAGGGAGAUACAAAAAUAUCGGUUACACUUUAUUUUGAGGUGACAUAGUUACAUUUUACUUACUCAAAUAAGUACUGUAAGUACUCAGAUAAGUAAUCUAUCUAUCUAUUGAUCUAUCGAUCUAUCUUCGUUUAAUGGGUAAAUUGAAGCAGAUAGUUAUGUAAAAGCAUUAGCAAAUGUCAUGGGAAUGCAAAAAUGAUAUUUGUUGUAGUUUCCAUUUACAACUAUGGAAGUUUAUCCAACUAUGAAGAUUUGUGCUUUUGAGAAUCCUGGAAAUGAGUCCAUUAUUCGAAAAUGUCAAUCAUAGCAAUAUAAUAAAUGAGGUGUGUUCCGCCUCCUGACUGGUAAUGUGACAUAUGAGACCAUGAUAGUUGAUUCUAUUUCUAAACAUUUUGUUUUCUGGCCAUCUCAAAUAUCUCAAACAGCCAACGUCUCCAUAAAAUAUGCAGUGUUUCCAAAAGCUGAGCUUCAGGACAUUCACUGAGACUGAGUGUAUUUUUUCCUGCUGGGGGGUAAAUAAGGACAGAAAAAUAUUGACUGAACUUUUUGGACCUUUAGAGGAAAAAGCCAUGCGGAGAGGAACUAUUUUCUAAACUGUCCGUAAGCACUUUGAAUAGUUCAGUCCAUUUGCAGUGUGAACACAAUCUGCACAUCAUCAACAACACUGUCUUUCUGAUGUUUCAAAGUGUCAUUUCUGCGAAAAAAUAAAUGUUUAAGUAUAUUUCCACUUCUGAUACAUCUUCUGAUAGCAUAAGUCAAUUGCAAUAGUUCACUUUGCUGGAUUGUACAUGGCUCUGUGUAAAUAAAAACGUUUCAAGCAAA